AUGGCGGAUAUCAUUGAAGAACCAGAGUUUACCGAACCACCAGUGUUCACCAUCUUGGUCAUGGUGGUCACCUUCCUUGUGGGCGUCCCUGGGAAUUUUCUGGUGCUCUGGAUCACCAGCGUGAAGAUGAAACGGACCGUGAACACCAUCUGGUUCUGGAACCUAGCUGUGGCCGACAUCAUCUGCUGCCUCUUCCUCCCGAUGUCCAUUGCUCAGUUAAUCUUCAGAGAUUGGUUGUACGGUCCCGCUCUCUGCAAAGUUAUACCAGUCAUCGUCCACCUCAACAUGUUCGCCAGCGUCUUCACUCUGGUGGCCAUUAGUAUUGACCGCUGUGUCCUGGUUAUCCGACCCGUGUGGGCCCAAAACCAUCGUUCCCUACGGAUGGCGUGGGUUUUAUGUGCGGUGAUUUGGAUGAUGGCCUUCUUAAUGUGCCUACCAGCUGCCCUGUACAGGAAAACCUUCACCGACUAUAACAAAACUUCAUGUGGCUAUGAACACGACGUUAUGUCCAGUGACCCCAUAGGUAGCUACCAGUAUGACUUCAAUUACACGUUUGAUGAAGGAUUACCUACGAACACAGAACAACACCAUGAGGUUUAUCGGAUAGGCUUCACAAUCACCCUUACACGCAUGAUUUUUGGUUUCCUGAUCCCUCUCGUGAUUAUCUCAGCCUGCUAUCUCAGCCUGGCCUCCAAGGUACAACACACUAGGUUUGUAAACGUCAGCCAAAAAACCAACAAAGUGAUAUUAGGCAUUGUGACAGUAUUUUUUAUCACAUGGGGACCCUACCAUGUAAUAGGCAUGAUCCUGCUCUAUGUUCAAAGCUCCUUGUUGUAUAGUCUGGAUGAUCUGUCCAUCGCCUUUGCCUACUUCAACAGUUGUGUCAACCCCAUACUGUAUGUCUUCAUGGGGAAAGACAUGAAGAGCAGGGUGAGGCGGUCCAUUCACGGGCUCAUGGAAAGUGCGUUCAGUGAAGAGGUAUCGAGAAGCAGCGAGCGCUCCAGGAGCAAAAUGACGCUUCAAGACAGCGUGGCUCCGUGA